AUGUCCCUCGCCCGGCUGAGUUGUAUGCCCAGCCCAGUCGUAUGUCUGGUUACCACUGUCGGUAUGAAGCUGCCCAAUGUCGCUCGCCCGGCUGAGUUCUAUGCCUUGCCGAGUCGUAUGCCUGGUUACCACUGUCGGUAUGAAGCUGCCCAAUGUCCCUCGCCCGGCCGAGUUGUAUGCCUGGUUACCACUGUCGGUAUGACGCUGCCCAAUGUCCCUCGCCCGGCCGAGUCGUAUGACUGGCCGAAUUGUAUGCCUGGUUACCACUGUGGGUAUGAAGCUGCCCAAUGUCCCUCGCCCGGCCGAGUCGAUUGCCCGGCCGAAUUAUGUUCGUGUUGGGGACGAGCGCCACAUGAUGUUUGCAACGGCCGACCAGAUACGUUUACUUCAGAGUGUACAUGGUACCUGGACGGAACAUUUCGUGUGGUCAACAAACCAUUUACACAGUUGUGGUCCGUCCAUGCUUUUCUUCGACAAGGUGCCACCACAAAGCAGGUCCCCCUUUUAUGCGUGUUAAUGUCACGUAGGAGAAAGAACGAUUAUGAAGCUGUGCUGAGGAAAAUCGUUGAACUCAUGGAUGUCGCGCCAGUUGUAGAAGCAUUCACUAUGGACUUCGAAGCAGGUUGGCACCGACGCAUGAAUGCACGAGCGGGGAGGGGACAACUGCAGUUCUACGUCUUGCUGGGACUACUACUUAAGGAGGCAAAGCUGGUACCGCUACAGGCCCAGCUGGUGGGAGAGGGUAUAGGGAGAAAUAGGCGGGAGGUGUACUCCGAUAUGGAUAUGCGCAUAGAUGAGCUUUGGGAGAAGUAUGAUGCCCAUGACAUCUUGUGCGAGGACUUCCUCAGGGAGAUUGGGGAGAUUUAUGGAUAG